AUUUGUUAAUUAUCUCCCUCAUAGAGAAAAUCUACUUGAGUAGUGUAAAUUCUUAACCUCUUUGCAUCUUUGUUCCAAAUAACUUUAACUUCUCUUUCUCUGUUCAAAAGGACUCCGUCGAUGAGAAUCUGCAAGAUAACAAACCUUACCUUCCUCAUUUUUAUUGCCUUACUCUUCAGGUUUUCAAUCUUUGGAACCUGCGCUAGGGAUGGGAAGCAUUGGAGACAAGGCAGAGCAGCUUCCCUCUCUGUGUUUGAGGUGAAGGAAAACGGCCAUGGUGGGGAAGGGCAUACAGAUGACACAAAGGCAUUCGAAGCAGCUUGCAAAGGAGAGUCAUCAACAGUGAUGGUUCCAUCUGGCUGUGUAUUACUUGUUGGAGCCAUAUCCUUCUCGGGCCCCACAUGCCAAGCAAACAUCAUAUUUCAGAUAGAUGGCAAGAUCAUGGCUGCCACAAGUUCUGGUGCUUGGAAAUCGGAUCUCUUGCAAUGGAUUAAAUUUACACAACUAAAAGGCAUUACCAUCAGCGGCAAAGGAACUAUUGAUGGUCAGGGCUCAUUCUGGUGGAAUACCUCACCCACAUAUGAUCCAACAGCCAGGGAUUCAACUAGCAUCUCUGAUAAUUCAGAGAUAAGCACUGGGCCUAGGUCAAAGAAUUCAGGCACCAAACCAACGGCACUCAGGUUCUAUGGAAGCACUGAUGUAACAGUUACUGGCAUAACCAUACAGAACAGCCCCCAGACCCACCUCAAGUUUGAUGAUUGCACAAAUGUUCAGGUUUCCAACUUCGCUGCUUCAUCUCCUAGUGACGGUCCCAACACUGAUGGUAUUCACCUACAGAAUUCCCGUGGUGUGGUCAUUUACAGCACCACUCUUGCCUGUGGAGAUGAUUGCGUAUCUGUACAAACCGGAUGCUCCAACAUAUACAUACACAAUGUGAACUGUGGACCUGGACAUGGAAUUAGUAUUGGAGGACUUGGAAAGGACAACACCAAAGCCUGUGUUUCAAAUAUCACUGUUCGAGAUGUCAAGAUACAGAAUACAUUAACUGGUGUCAGGAUAAAGACAUGGCAGGGAGGCUCUGGCUCGGUACAACAAGUCAUGUUCGCAAACAUUCAAGUCUCUGAAGUUGAAACCCCAAUCAUGAUUGAUCAAUACUACUGCGACAAGAGCAAAUGUAACAAUCAAACUUCGGCUGUGGCUGUAUCAGACAUAAACUACAUAAAUAUACAAGGGACCUACACAGUGCAAUCUGUGUACCUUGCAUGCAGCAACAGUCUGCCAUGCACUAGUGUAUCAUUAAGCAACAUUCAGCUAAAAUCAGUUCAAGAAAACCACCAUCUGGAAGAACCUUUCUGCUGGGAAGCAUAUGGACAGCUGAAAACUGCAACAGUCCCUCCAAUUAGCUGUUUGCAAACCGGAAAGCCUUCAAAAGCUGGAACUCUGUCUGAUAUUGAUUCUUGCUGAAAUAAUAGCAAG